GGAAAGGCUUUCCUACACGCUAGGAACUGUCCUUUUUACCCACGUAAUCGACAGAAUUAAAAUACCAGUCUUGUCAUUGGGAUCCUUAUAUGGGUUUGCUUGUUCAUCAAUCAAUCCAUUAGAAAGACGUGCAAAAUCCAGUGUUCUGUACCUACCUUCCCCCUCGUUUUCCCUUGCCGAGCACCAUUACGACGUCACUAGAGUGCACAGGACAAAUAUCCUUUCAAUCGACUCCAUACUGUUUCACAUACCCAUUUACUAUAUAUGUAAGCCCAUCGAGCCUUUUUUCCCUGUGUGUUUGUCUCCAGUCAUAAGUGCACACUGAAGCCUCCUAAAAACAUACACCAACUCUGCUUUAUUUCUGAAGGAAAGUAGCUUUUUCCAUUCUCUGAAAGACUCGCACUGAGAAUUUACUACUCUGAACUUGAAUUGUUUUCUAAGUUCAGUCACCCUGAUGAGUAGCAGUCAUCUUGAGAAAUUAUAAUUCAGGGGUCAAUUGAUGAAGUCUGGGUAGGCCUGAAAAUUGAUUGGGAAUCACCUUGAGCAAGAUUCAGCCAUGUCUCUCUCCGGUGUGCUGGUAUUUAUAUUGAGUCUUCUAUUGUGUAUGGGAAUUAGCAGUGUUGAAUGUAAAGGGAAUUUAAGGGCAGGAACCCCUGAUGGAUCUGAAGAGUGGGGUUAUGUUGAAGUCAGACCAAAGGCCCACAUAUUCUGGUGGCACUACAUCAGUCCUCAGAGAGCAGGAGCCGAUUGGCCUAUUAUUAUGUGGCUGCAGGGAGGUCCGGGAGCUUCAGGGACUGGAAUAGGCAAUUUUCAAGAAGUUGGUCCUUUGGACACUCAAUUGCAGCCCAGAAACACAACAUGGCUGCAAAAAGCUGAUCUAUUGUUUGUGGAUAGCCCUGUUGGUACAGGCUUUAGCUAUGUAGAAAACAAAACACUGCUAUCUAAAACCGAUGCACAAGUGGCAGCUGACCUGUUAACCUUUUUGAAAGAGUUCUUUAAGAAUAGCACUCUGCAGGAGAGCCCUAUAUUCAUUGUGGGAGAAUCAUAUGGAGGAAAACCUACAAGUAUGGUAGGCCUAGCUUUAAGCAAGGCAAUUGAGGCUGGAGAUAUAAAAGCUAAACUUGGAGGUGUAUUAUUGGGUGACAGCUGGAUUUCCCCUGUGGAUUAUGUGCUUUCAUGGGGACCUUUGCUUAAAGAUGUGUCACGUUUGGAGCUGGCUGAUGCCGAAAAUGUCAACAGCAUUGCUUUGAAAAUAAAGGAACAAAUUCGUAAAGGAAAAUAUCUAGACGCUACAAGUUCUUGGUCAGAAUUGGAGAGUGUUAUUGAUUCAGCUAGUAACAGUGUGGACUUCUACAAUUUUCUACUUGAUUCAAGUGCUGAUCCUCUUUCUAUAACAACUACACUGCAAAGUAUGGCUAGAAGAAGUCCUCAGCGAUAUGUAAAAUAUUUGACAUCCAAGCAGAACAUAGGGCAAAGUGGAAAAAACUUUGACUUAUCCACAUUCAUGAAUGGAGGAAUUCGCAAAAAACUCCAGAUCAUUCCAUCAAACAUUGUGUGGGGUGAGCAAUCAAAUGCGGUCUUUCAAGCAUUAGCGAAUGACUUCAUGAAGAGUGCAGUGGAUGUGGUGGAUGAGCUAUUAUCUCGGGGUGAAAAGGUCACAAUUUACAAUGGCCAGGUGGACUUGAUCUGUGCAACCAUUGGAACAGAAGCAUGGGUUCAACAAUUAAAGUGGAGAGGGCUAGAUGGGUUCAACUCUACAACGCGAACACCACUUUACUGCAACGGAACUGUAACGAAAGGAUACUUAAAAUCUUACAAGAAUCUGUAUUUCUUUUGGGUUUUGGGAGCAGGCCACUUUAUACCUGUGGAUAAUCCUUGCGUGGCUUUGAUGAUGCUUGAUACUGUCGUUAAUUCGCAUUCUACCAACAAUUCCAUGUAAUUUGACUGGUUGCUGUGUUGAUUAUUAUUAUCCAUCGAUUUAAAUUCAAUCCGAAUUGGAAUUGGACUUUUAUAUAAACAUACAGAAUAAUGUAUUAUUUAUAUUUAUAUAUUUAUAAUUUCUAUUUUCAA